GUUGGCUCCAGCACCGGCCAUGCCCAGAGCCAUGUGACUCUUUCCCUUUGCCUUUCGCUUGUUUCCGUCAAUGUUCAAUCGCUGUGUGAGGAUGAGACGAGGGCCAAGGCUACUGCCACCAUAGUAUCCGGCAGCCACAUUCGUUUUCUCUCCUCGCGGGAUAGUACUCCCGUAAAAUUUGAAGUUGGCGACUUCAGGGUCCUCCAUUGGAGCCCGCGCAUCCUCAUUGUUCGUUUUGCACGUGGCACCCUGCGACUUCUUUUCGUUACUUGCCAUGUUGAGCUGCUUGAACGCUUGACCUUUACGCCGCCACGGCGCACUUUUGAUGUUUCUUGGUCCGUUGGGGUUCAUGAACACUACCACAUCGUUGCCAAGCAUGUGCUCAGUUCCCUCGCCAAGAAAUUGCCAGUCCAGCGUUCACACAGGCGCAUCUUGCCAGUGGUGACCUCAAUUCCUGGGAUCUUCGGCGAUGGUUCGCUCGCUUCCACUCCUGCUGAGGCUGAAGCCAGAUGGCUCAGGUGUCUUGCCAGGCACGUUGGGCAGGAUCUCGACAUGCUCGACGUUUGCCGACGUGACCUCCCCACCAGAUGUGAGCUCGAGAGGGCCCUGCGGGCGUCGAAGCCUGGCCGAGCUGCCGGCAACGACGGGAUGCCUCCAGAUGUCCUGCACUUUUGCGCCAGUCAGCUCUCUGAUGCGAUCUACCCGAUCCUUCUCAAAAUCGCGUUUCGCCUACAAGAGCCGAUUCAAUUCAAGGGAGGCACUGUGCGCCAGAUUUACAAGCAGAAAGGCGAUCUUGCCGAGUGCGCCAGAUACAGGGGCAUUCUCAUUUCGAGUACUAUCGGCAAGAGCAUUCACGCUGCUUUUCGCCGUAAGUGGCUUGACUCCGCGGCUUCCCCCCUUCAGGUUGGUGGCCGACGGGGCUUCCCGGUUCAGCUUGCUGCACAGGCAGCACGGGAUUUUCAGGCUGGCCAUCUUAAGCGCGGCAGGAGCACCGCCUUGGUGUUCCUGGACUUGCGUGAGGCUUUCCACCGAGUCGCUCGUCCUCUGGUCCACGGUGGUGAUCUUAGCGAUGAGCACCUUGCCAGUGUCAUCAGUUCCUUUGGUCUACCUCAUGACCACCUUCAUCGGCUGCGUGAUUAUGUCCAGGCUGAGUCUUUGCUUGUUUCAGCUGGCGCCUCUGAUUGGGCCGCAGCCGUCGUUAAGGAAUUUCAGACUGACUCGUGGCUAACGAUCGGUGAGGGCUUGGCCGUUGUCGAAUCCGGGACACGGCCCGGCGACGCGCUCGCCGAUGUAGUAUUUGCCUUCCUUUUCUCCUCAGUCCUUCAAAAGGUUAGGCAGGCUAUUUUCGCCGCAGGAUAUGAGGUUGUUCUCCCCUGGGCUGCCUCUUGGUUCCGUCAGCUCUCGAAGCUUGGCUGCUCUGACGGCACUCUUGCGCCCAUCGACGUAGCAUGGAUGGACGACCUAGUCAUCCUUCUCUCUUCGUCCACCCCUGAGGGCGCACUUGCUGCCACCAAGGGUGCUGCAACAGCUCUCAUAGAUGAGGAGAAGGCUUUGCUCUUUCAGUCACUAGUGCUUUCGCGGUUGCUUUAUGGUGCUGGCACCUGGUCCUACCAGGACGACACUAUUGAGCAGCGCAUUCAGGGGGUCUUGCUUGCCAUGGCACGACAAAUGUUGUUCUUGCUGUUGCCAGAGUUCCUUCUGCAAAUUCUUCUGCACGUCGAGCGCUUGCGACAUCUGGCUGUUGUGCGACUUUCGGAGUGGUCUUCUGCGCGUGAUGUUAUCGUCACGUCGCCUGCGCUCUGGCGAAGGUGCAUCACUACCAUGGGCUGCUCUUACGUUACUUUCUCUCACAUGGGGCACAGGUUGAGGCACCAAUACCUGGACGAGGUUCCUGUGGAUUUCACCCCUGAAGUUGACAGGGCCGAUGACAGUGUUUUGUGCUCCCUAGAGGACCUCUUCUGUUGCGAGGAUCAGGGUUAUUCUUACGAUGCCCUGUUACAGGCUGUCAGAGCCGUCUUUGCUGGAGUGUGCCUGCAGGUCUCCCGACUCAAAGCCACCGCUCGUGAGUGGCGUUGCCGACUCACUUCUGAGCUUCAGGACAAUGAGGAUGUCUCGAUCAAUUGGUCCACCUGGCACCGUCGGAUUGCCGAUUGGAUCUGUGACGUUGACUUUGUCGAAUGGCUUGUCUUCGCCUUCGGGUCAUUUCUGGUACUCGUCGGCUCCUUGGUAAACGACUUGCCCAGUCUGUUGUAUGGCUUUGCCACGAGCAGUGUUCCCGGCUGCCCUUGCUUCUCAACUUCGGUGACUGGAUCCGUUUUCGUUCUGAUUGGGUCUGUGGGUUUUGCCUUGCUGGGCUGCUUUCGACCAUUGCUCUUCCGUCCCCCGUUCGUCACUUCAAGUCACUUGAACGGAGUCUCCAUUGCCUUCGCCUUUUCGCUGACCUUGUGCGUGGAGUCCUCCAUCUCUGGCUAA